AUGGCGGCGUUCGCGCGGCUGAAGGCGCGGCAGCUGGCGCGCGCGGACGGCAGCCGGAAGGGCAGCGUGGACCGGCGCGCGGCGGGCGUCGUGCGGCUGCUCAACGCGCGGCCGCGGUUCUGCACCGCCAGCUCCUGCUCCGGCCGCGUCCUCCUGGCGCGGCUCCCCGCCGCGGAUACUGACAGAUACAAGGCCCAGAAGAAAAACUGCUCGUGGCUUAUGGUAACACACGAAAUGUGCACCAAAGAUGAUGUGAUGACUGCACUAGAGAAAGCCAGUGGUGACAUUAUAUUUAAGUUUGAACCAUUUGUUCUUCAUGUGCUGUGUGAAGAGCUGCAAGAUGCACAACUUCUGCAUUCUGUAGCUAUUAAUUCUGGGUUCAGGAACUCUGGUAUUACAGUUGGAAGAAAAGGAAAAAUUAUGAUGGCUGUGCGGAGCACUCAUUGUUUAGAAGUUCCAUUGAGCCACAUGGGGAAAUUGAUGGUCUCCGAAGAAUAUAUCGAAUUUUUGAUACACACAGCUAAUCAAAAAAUGGAAGAGAAUAUGAGGAGGAUUGACAGAUUCUACAACGGCUUACAGUUAGCUUUGAAAACUACCCUUGAUGCAAACAAUUCACCUUCUGAAGAGACGGAAAGAAAUCACCCUGUGUAUGUUCGCAGAAGAAAGAGAAAGACCAUACAGAAAAAUGGUAUAUGCACCUCUCCAGAGGAUCAUAACAAAGAAUUAGAAGAUGAGGAUGACCCAAGAAGCAAUGUUGAUAUUUUUGGUGAAAUUGUAGUGUAGACUAAGGCAUUUGAAAGCAUGUGGCAAAGUGAACAAUCCUACUGCUCUUCGUAAGAGUUAAAGAACUGCUCUAAGUAGCUCUAGGUAGUAACAUUUGUGGACAUUUACCUGAAGAAAGUAAUUAAACAGAUUGUGACAGAGUUUAAUGCACAGAAGCAUGGAGAACAAAACUUUAGAAUGUAUUUUUUUAAAAAUAAAAUAUUUAUUUUACUUUGUCAGUUAUUACAGAAAUAACUGGUUUGCUACAGCCCUUGGCCACAUUCUCAGUGGACAUACCCUGUAGAAGCAAUCUCCUUUCAAAUGCUGGAUUUAACCCUUCUAACUUUUGCAAAGGAGGGAAGCUCUGGGAAGUGAGUGACAAUUUUGCUCUGUAGGAACUCUGCAAAACAAUAUGCAGCAAUGCAAAUGACCCUUUCCAAACAACACAAAGCCACACAUUAGUCAGCCAAAGUACAGUAUCUGGUCUGGAGAUUAGAACAGAAGAUUAAGCCUUAUGCACUGCUCUGUGCAGACUGUAACCAACAGAUUCCUUUCCUGCCUAUUGUGGUAGACAGCAAAGUUGACACUUGUACUCUUGCACUUUGCUCUUUGUUUCAGACUUUAGCCCCGCUCUUGAUGUGUUCUUCCCUUGGCUAGCAGCCAUUAAGUGUUAUUUUACUUUGCAACUUCUAUUGCCAACAUCGUAUGCUGAUAGUUUGUUAAUUCACGUUAUAUAUAUAUAUUUCUAUAUGGCAGCACCCAGCUCCAAUUCCAACUCUCAAGCAAAAAUUAAACUGUAAGUGUAGAGCAAUAGGUUUUCCUAGCGGGCUAUAAAUCGCUGAUAUAUGAUAAAUGUUAAAUAUAAAAUAGCACAAUAAUUUGUAUAUUCCUACAAUGUACCACUGGAAAAGUUGCUGAAUACUGGUAGUUUAUUUUGCAAAAAAUUGGUGAAUUUGUAAACCUUAGCAAAAAAUGAACUCUGAGCCCUUACUUUUAUGACUCAGUGGUUGCUAACACUACAUCACAAGAUGGACUAAAGGAAAUGGUUUAUUUGGUAUAGUAACUCCCACUUUGUAUAGUUAAGGAACUGUUGUUGUUUCCAUUACAUAAGCCUGCAUCUUAGGAGUAUUAAUUCCACUGUAAAAAUUUGACAUACUAGGUGGCAGCCAAAGGGAAAAGUAAUUGGGGCUUUAAACAGAUUCUGGAAGGCAUGUUAGGCUGUGUUUCCAGUAGCAGGCCUGCCAAGAAAAAUAAACUUGUGCUUUUGUGCAUUGCUUA